AUGCCACCUCUUUCCAGUAUUGCAGAGUCGUUGUCUGAAAGCAUUGACUGGACAGAAGAUGAAACAUGGACCCCAUCUAAAGACACAGAAGAAGUUUCUACCUCAGAGGAGGAAACAAGAGAGGAAGACAGUGAGUCUGACGACAGUGACACGGACUACAUACCAACAAUACGAAUCAGACCUGGAGCUUCACUUGCCUACAAUAUUGAUGAGCUUCCUGUGGCCACUGCGGAGGACAUUGUGUAUGAUGGCAUAGGACAAGACCCUCACCUCCCACCUUGUGAUGAUCCGUCCAUACCAUGCAACAGCAUCAGAGUUGAAACCCCAGAGGACAUUGAACUGGAAUAUAUAAAGAUUCUGGAGUGGAGCAUAGCUUCAAUAUGUGGCAUGGUGCAAAGAACCUCGGGAAACGAAUACAUGCUGUGA